UCCAACUAUGGGUAUUCUCCGUGUUUUGGCAAUCGUGUGCGUUGUAUUGCUGGUUGUGAGCUAUCCAGUGUACGGCGAUGACUCCCUACCCUCUACCGAAUCUGAGAUUGAUGCGAACACAGAAGUGAAGGAAGAUCUCACGAAACUCAACGUUACUGAUUUAGUAUACCUUGAUGUACUAAUAAAUGGACUGCAGGCGCACCGCCAGAAAGUUGUGAUUGGCUUAUUUGGAGAUGUUGUCCCAAAAACUGUCCGAAACUUUGUCAGGUUGGCGGCAAACAAAAAGAAAGGGAAAACCUACAAGCAUACCAAUAUUCAUAAAGUUAAGAAAGGCACUGGUAUCUUUGGUGGCGAUGUUGUCUAUGGCAACGGAACUGGUGUUUAUAGUAUUUUCGGAAAAUACUUUGCCGAUGAAAAUUUCAAACUUGAACAUUAUGGCGCCGGUUGGGUGAGCAUGGUGAACCACGGAAAAGUUAAGAAUGGAUGUCAGUUCUUAAUCACAACUUCAGAGACUUACUGGCUUAACGGAAAGCAAGUGGUAUUCGGCAAAGUGUUGAAAGGUAUGGAACGCGUCCAGCUAGUGGAAAGCAUCUUGCCUGAUGACCUGGGACGCCCGACGAUCCACGUCGAAAUCGCUAAUAGUGGCAAGCUUAAGAUGAAGAAAAAGUUGACAGUGAAAUUAGAGCCCGACGAUGAUGUUGAAGGUUUCAUUACCGAGAACACGAAGGAUGAACUUUAAAGUCUAUUUGUCCUAUAAUCCAAACAGGUUUAGACAGAAGGACAUACUCAUAAUCACUGCACAAUUAAUGUCUCGCCGAAUGUUUGAUAAAACUUUACACUACAUAAUCUCCCCUGUUACUCGCAUGUUUGAACAGAUACCUUCCGUGAUUUCCUAAUCUAUAACUAUCCCUUCGUUACUCUGAACUAAAAAAAAUCAAUCUAUUUGUGUCUUUUGGAGGUGAAUACACCAGAUACUACAGACAGGAUGAAAAAGACUGGUUUUCACUGCUAUUUUC